UAUUUAUAUUGGCCCAUUCAUCCAUCAAAAAAACGUUUCUCUAAAAAAAUAAUAGGUUUUUUAGGGGAAAAGAGAAUAUAUUUUAUCUAUUAUAACGUUGUGUUCAAAAGUAAUUGCGCUUCACGCGGAGAAGAAAAGGCAAGUCUUAAAUUUGAAAAUAAUAUCAGAAUUGUAUUGAUAUGUAUCAGAAAUUUUGUGAAAUUGGGAGGAUAGUGGGAAUAACAUCCAAAACUUUCUUCUCAAUGUCCAGCAAAUCACCAUCGGGAAAUACUCCUCCAAAAGAAGAAAUAAAAGAAAAGGAAUCAGAACAAGCAAUGGAUACAAGUGAAUUAGCCUCAGCUCUGCCAAAAUUGGGAGAGGAAGAAAAAGAAAAGCAAGCUUUAGCUGAACGUAAAGAACCUACAGAAGAAGAUUUUGCUCGUUAUAAUGGUUAUAUUGGACAAAAAUGGACAGGGAUAUGUAAAUGGUUUAAUGUAACAAAGGGAUUUGGAUUUAUUUUACCUGACUUUGAGGAGGCUAAAGAACAUGGUAGUUUAAAAAUUGAGAAAAAAAAUUUAGAGGAAAAUAAAUUUAAAGGAGAUGAUAUUUUUGUUCAUCAAUCUUCAUUGCAAAUGCCCGGCUUUCGUUCACUUGAUGAAGGUGAAGCUGUAGAAUUUAAUGUUCGUUUGGGUAAACGUGGAUUGGAGGCUGAAAAUGUUACGGGAUUGAAUGGAGUGGCAAUACGUGGACAUCGAAUUCAUCCAUUGGGGAAGAGGAAAGAAAAGGAAAUUAGGUGCUACAAAUGUGGUCAAUUUGGCCAUCACAAAGCAGCAAAAUGUAAGAGAAUGCAAGAUAAUGUUAAAGUUUGCUAUAUUUGUUUCUCAAAUAAGCAUUUAAUUGCUGACUGUCCAAAACGUACUGGACAAGGAAUGCAACCAUCAACAGCUGGUGGUGGUGGGAGAGGAAGACCGGGGCCUUCUAUUGAGAGUUAG